UUAAUUACUAAAUUGACGGGGAUUGAAAAAGAAAAUGACGGAAUUGAGAUGAGAAGUGGAGGAAGAGCAGAGCAGCAGAGAUCUAGUUAGUAAAUAGUAAUAAACAUCUUUCCUUCAUCCACUCGCUCAUUCGCGCCGGACGCCGCUUGAUAUCAUCAUGUUCUCCACAUCUCUCAGCUGGAGAUGGUUCAACAAGGUAUAGAUUCUAGAUUUUGUGAAUAUAAUUUGGGCAAUUCUAAAAUGGAUUUGCCCAAUGGCGAUAAACAAUUGGUUAUUUUGAAGAAGACAUCAUUGAAAGAUCUGCAGAAUGAUAACAAAAACAUGGUGCCAACCUCUGUUGGAAACUCUUCAUUCUUAAAGGAUAAGGAUCCUGGUACUGAUUCUAACAGAGCUACUGGCACCAAGAGACCCUCGUCUGACUACCCAGUGAUCCACCAUCUCCAACAAUCUCCAGGCAAUAAUGCUGCAAAUGGACAUCUUGUGUAUGUCCGUAGAAAAUCAGAAGGAGAAAUGAGCAAAAGCACUGCUUUUGAAAAUACUAGUAUUAAUGGUUGUUGUCCUCAUUCAAGGCAACUUUAUUGUGAGGAGGAGACUGCUCAACCAAAACCUCAGAUAAAGGAGCCAAAGGUUUCCUGUUUGCCAGCAUUUUCACCUUUUCCUAUGGCAUCUUCAAUAAGCACAUCUGGAAAGCCUUCGAUUCCUAUUUCGCUUGGGAGGUCUGGCAUGAUGUUGACACCAGUCGAGUCCAAUUAUGUGGCAGCUUCUUCUGGACAUACCAUUGGAAAUCCUAAGGUAUUUAAAAAUGUGCACUGGGAGGAGCAAUAUCAACACUUGCAGAUGCUUUUAAGGAAAUUGGACCAAUCAGACCAAGCAGAAUACAUCCAAAUGCUUCAAUCUUUGUCUUCGGUUGAACUUAGCAGACAUGCUGUUGAGUUAGAGAAGAGAUCAAUUCAGCUUUCACUUGAGGAAGCAAAAGAAUUACAACGUGUUGCUGUUUUAAAUGUAUUGGGAAAAUCAGCGAAGAACUUCAAAGCACCAGCGGAUCAUGACGAGUAUUCAGACAAGUUAAAGACAUUGUCAUGAACUUUCACCCAUUCUACUGCAGUAAAUUUCGUCAGGUGAUGAAAAGUAUCAGAUUGUUUACUGUGUGUAGUCAUAGUGUAGCUGAUUGUUUUUAAUCUCAUGGUUAUCCUGUUGACUAAGAAAGUAUCUUGCAUCUCUUUGUUAUUGUCAUGAGUAUAAAAAGGGGGAUUGUUUGUACAAUUUGUUACUCAUGUUUCCAAGUCAUCAGAUUUUACAUUCUAUAUCAGUUUAGACGGAGGUUUUGUGAACCUUUACCUCCCGUGGCCUGCAUGAUUCGGAUAUCCGUCUUGAGGAAUGCUAGCAACACUCUCUCUAAUACUCACUCUUUCAUUGGUUUAAAUCAUUAUGAGUCUACACUUUGGAAAUAGAACCCACACAAAGUGGUGGGACAUACAUGUAUUCCAUCCAAUAAAAGAGUGAGUACCAGAGAGUGUUCAAAAGUGAGUGUUGCUAACAUUCCUCAUCCGUCUUAAUUGAACACUUGUUCAACAAUCAAUCUACAACUACUGAAAAUGAAAUACAAUGUCUCUUUGAAAUA